AUGUUUGGUGAAAUCCUCGAGUGCGUGCUCGAGUUCAUUGGCUCCCACAGCGAGCAGUACGGCUGCAGCGGGGCGGAGCUGCUCUCCUUCGUCUCCGCCGACGUGCUGCCGUACUACGGCCUCGCGGACCAUGCGACGCUGCGGCAGAUGGUGCUGGACCUUCUGCUGAGCGAGAGCGGCGAGGUGAGCGUCAGGCGCAGCGGAAAGCCGGUGGCGCCGUCGGAGCUGACGAGUGGCACGGUGGCGUACGACCAGUGCGCCUUCUGCCCCAGCCUGGCGUUGCAGGAGAAGACGUUGGGGGUGUCGCUGCGCUUCAAGAACGUCCGCGCCGCGGUGAACUACGCCUGCGACAACCUCGUGACGGGGGUCCGCCGGUUCCAGAACUCCGCCGCGGCCGGGCGGCAGCGGGACAGGCGCCCAGCCGUGGCGGGCCUGGGGAUCGGCAUCCGGCGGCUGCUGCGGGAGCAGUGGCUGCGGGUGGUGUACGUCUGCGGGGCGGAGGAGGCCCCGCUGGCGCCGUAUCUUUUGCCGCACUUCGCCGCCCCGCCGCCGCGGCUCAACCAGCCGCAGCGGCGCCUUCGCCCACUGGAGGCGUAUUUGGCGCGGCGCCGCGGGGAGCUGCGGCCGCCGCGCUUCAUCCUCGACCCCGCCGUGGCGCGGCAGAUCGUCGUGGCCUCGCCGGAGCGGCGGCUGGUUUUCGAGGACGCGGUGCACGCCAUCUUCGCGGCCCACGGCCACGCGGUGCCGGCGCUGGACGGGCGAAAGACGCGGUUUGCGCUGCGGCGCAUGCUGCUCUCGGCGGGGCUGCGCGUCGUCGUGGCGUCCGUCCUCGUGAGGCACAGGCGGCACCGCGUGCGGGUCGUCGCCGCCGACAGGGCCCCCGCCGCGGCAGGCAACGACAGCGACGACGACGACGACGGCGACGACGGCGGGGACGACUUGAGCGGGGCGUCGAGCGCCGGCGACGAGGAUAACGACGAUAACGACGAGGAGGAGGACGGCGACGAGGACGACGAGGAGGACGACGACGAGGCGGCGGCGGGCGGCAAAGGCGGCGACGCGCUCUUCUGCGUCGACCCCGCCUGCCCGCUGGCGCUGCAGGUGGCGAAGGAGGCGGAGCGGCGGCCGCUGGCGGUGGAGUCGGUGCUGCCGCGCGUCACGCUGUACGACAUGCGUGCCACCCGCAACGAGCUGCACCGCUUCACCCGGCAGUUCGAGGAGCGCUGGGGCACCAUCGAGAGCACCAACGUGCUGAGCCGCCACAGCAAGGCAUUCACGCGCCUCCUGCGGCCAAAGGGGUGGGGGGACGCCCGCGCCGGCGGCAACGGCGGCUGCAGCGCUGCCGCGCAGGAGGGGGAGGGGGCGAAGCUGGCGAAGGGGGUCUCGAGUUGGGCUGCGAAUAGAGUCAUGGAGGCCCUGCGCGCGUCGCCCGCGCAGGCGCUGGUGCUGCCGGACCUCUCGCGCAUCGUUGACCGCCGCACGCUGGGUCGCGUCAUACCGUACCUGCGCGGCCAGGGCCAGCUGGCGACGACGGGGGUAACGUCCUCGAAGGGCAGGCGGAUUGGCAUCGUCGCCGUUGCCGGCGUUGAGCUGACGGAGGAGACGCGGGCGGCGCUGAUGCAGUCGUACCUCGACGGUAUUUCGGCCCGCGAGCAGAAGCGGCAGCAGUCGACGCUGCUGCUGCAGCACCUGCCGGAGCCGGCGGAGGGCGGCGUGGGGCAUUCCGCGGCGGCUGCCGCCAUCGCGAGGUCCAGCGCACGCAGCGCGCGCCUGGUCGCCAAGGUGACGAUGGUGCGCAACGGGUACAGCCGGGUGGGGCUCUUCCGCCUCUCGCGCGUGCACGUGGAGCUGUGGCGUGUGUGGUGCGCCCUCGGGCAGGCUCCCGGCACCCCGAUGACGCUUGCGCGGGUGCUGCAGGAGAUGAGCCUGAGCUCCUUCUGCAUCACCGUCGGCGUGGCGGACGUGGACGUGGCGGAGUACGUUGGCGGGGCGUCGCCGCAGUCGUGUGCGUGGGGAACGCCCCUCCGCCGGCUUCCCCCCUCGCUGCAGGAGCACUGCCGCCGCUCUGGCGUGCAGCCGCUGUUGCACUCCCUCGCCGGCCUGCAGGCGCAGGGCCUCGUGCUGAGUGAGGCGUCGCUCGCGGCGCACCUGGACGUGCCGCUCGCGGAGGUCUCCAUCGCCCUCGCCGCCGCCGCUUUCGAUCGGCAGCAGCGGCGACACGUCUUUUGCGACGGCGCCGGCACGACGCCGCAGGACACGUGCCGCGCGGUGCUGAACUUUUGGGGCGAGUCGUGGGCGGCGGCCGCCCUGGCGCAGGAGCCGCACCGCGCCGUCGGGCUCAUCCGCGGGGUCGUGGCGACGGAGCCGAAUUUGUCGAAUGCGCAGCUGAUCGCCCUCGCGCGGCUGCUGCGCAUCGAUCCGGGAAUCCUCGCGGAGCACGUACUGCAGCGGCAGGGAGCCCUGCGCGCGCGGAAGCGCACCCUCCGUGACGCGAUGCAGGCGGAGGAGUACGAGAGGGGCCGCGGCGACCCGCGGCGGGCCUCCCACCCGCGGCGCCGCGUGGAGGUGAGCGGGGCGACGAUGGCCGAGACGCUCGAGACGAUUCUUCAGUCCGACGAGCCGCAGCGCGGCCUGGAGCGGCUGCAGGCGCUCGUGCGGCGCCACAGCAAGUCCGUGCAUUUCUCGCGCUACAACCCGUACAGCACCCGCGUACACGGCAGCGUGCAGACGCUGGUGCAGAGCAUCAUGCGCGCGGUGCAGGGCGGGCAGGGCGGGCGGGCGGCCGCCGUGCAGUCGGUGGUUUCACCGAACUUUGCAGCGGCCCCCGACGUCGCGGUGGGAAGCGAGGAGGAGGAGGAGGAGGAAAAGGAAAAGGAGGAGGAACGCCGACCUGCUGCCGCGGCCGUGGAGGAGGACGCCCCCUCGGAGGCGCUGCAGGACCUCCUGCGGAUGAUCCUGCUGAGCGACGAGGCGCACUACGACGCCGUCGCGGCCGCCGCCCUCCUCGCGCAGUUCCCGGAGGAGGAGCGGCGGCGCUGCAUCGACUGGCUGCUGGCGUUCCCGUCCUUCCGCAUCCGCUCGGGCGGCCCCGGCCGGCUCCCGCGCAUCGAGCUGUCGCCGAUCCUCACCUUCGUGCCGGCGGCGCUGGUGACGACUGUCACGCACGGGCAGAGCCCGGCCUCCACCCUCGUGCAGGACCUCACCGCCGCGCUGCUCUGCACCCCGCAGUCGAACUGCCGGCGGUGGUGCGUGCCGCCGGUUGCGGCGGCCGAGCCGGCGGAAGCGUGCGACCUGCUGCGCCGGGCCCCACGCCUCGUGGAGCAACCCUCCGUCAACCUCGACUCCCUCGCGGAGGAGAUUCGGGAGCAGAAGGGGCUCGGCGUGCUGCGGCUGCCGCGUUUUGCGUGGCCGUCGCACCCGGCCGCCGCACGCAAGACGCCCCUUCCGCCCGCCACGCCCGCCGUCAACGCGGCGGCGGCGGUGGCGGCAGCAGCAGCGACGCGGCACACCGUCGAGCCGUACCCCGCGCGCGGCCUGCUGCGCCCGUGGCGGCAGCUGCGGCACCUCGAGCUCCGCGACAUCCCCGUGGACGCGCCCCCCUCCGCCGCGCAGGUGGCGAUGGCACGGGCCGCGAUUGUGGCGCCACGCGAGGGGUCGCCUGCGCUGCGGUUUCCAAGCAUCUUCCACCACGUCGAUGGCUCCCUGCAUGAGUUUGUCUGGCGCUCCUUCCUCUUCGCCCUCUACAGUCUCGUGCACCACUCCCCCGGCAUCACGGAGGAGCAGCUGCUGCAGCGGCUGCAGGCGAGCGGACUUGUGAGCGGCGCCUCGUGCCGUGUGGCGCUGGAGUUUCUCAAGGCGUCGCUGGUGAUUGUGGGGCGCCGAGUGCUGCUGCCGUGCGGCGGGGAGGUGCAAAGCCCGUUCAGCGCCGCCGCCGCCGCCGCCGCGUGCAGGUACACCGAGUGUUACUUUUGCACCGUCGCCCAGGGCGGUCCGUGGCGGAUCAUGGAGCUGUAG